GCUUACGAGAAAGCUGUGCAACUGAACUCCACUUUCGUUGAGGCCAUCACAGAUGCAGGAACAGUUCACUUCCUCCAGAAAAACUAUCCUCUAGCAGAACGCUACUACCUGCAGGCCGUCAGCCUUGACCCCAGCUAUAGCUUGGCUAAGGAGAACUUCCAGAAACUCCGGAAUGUCUACCCAAAGUCUAUCAGCGCUGGGAAAUCAUAG